ACUGAAACAAGCUCGGAGUUUUCCUGGAGAAGAAGCAAAAACCAGAAUCGGAUUCGGAGAUGGAUGUGAUAAAGACUCAGCAGAUCUCGUCGAGGCCAAUCGAGAAGGUGAUAGUGCACCCUCUGGUUCUCCUCAGCGUCGUCGAUAACUAUAACAGAGCCACCAAGGAUACUCGCAAACGCGUCGUCGGCGUUCUGCUCAGCACCGCCUUCAAAGGCACCGUCGAUGUCACCAACAGCUACGCAGUGCCUUUUGAAGAAGAUGGGAAGGAUCCAAGCAUCUGGUUUCCUGAUCACAACUACCAUAAAUCAAUGUUUUCCAUGUUUAAGAGAAUAAAUGCCAAGGAGCAUGUUGUUGGAUGGUACAGCACGGGUCCUGGAAAAUCACCAUGAGAACAUCAACAAGUCGGUCCUGGAAAAUCAUCUUGAGGGGUUUCUUGAGGAGCACAUUCCUCUCAGAGCCAUGAGUAUCCAAUUCCAACCUUUGUAGUGCUGCAUCAUUUUCUCUGUUUCAUACGUUAAAGUUAACCUUAGAAAUUAAUUAAUACUCCAGUUAUUCUUAGGACAAGUUGAGGCUCAGAUUAGAUGCCAUGGUAGUCACUUAAUAGGUUUUGUAAUCUUAACUUUUGUAUAUAUGUCACUGCUUCGUUAACAAAAUUACUAAACUUUU